AGCAUCAGUCAGAGAGAGAGAGGGGGAGAGUGAGAGAGAGAGAGAGAGAGAGAGCAGACAUAGAGGAGAAACUGAGUUGAAGAUGAUGAAGAUAAAGAAAAUGAGGACUCAUCCUUAACAGGAAAACACGUCCACAUGAUCUGAACGAGCUGAGGAAAAGUCUCCGCAUCACCAGAACAGAUGGGUGGGAGCUGAGACGGCAGAAGGACGAGGCAACAGGGAGAGCACAUCCAUGGACGACAUCUCGCUUCCCAGGCUGGAGAUGACGGGUGAGGUGUGGGAGAAUGACAGCUUCACCAGCCCGUCGCCCGGGCUCCCACUGUUUCUGCUCAUGUUCAACGGCAGCGACCUGAACGAGACACUGUGCGGCUACAACUGCUCCAACUCCACCAACUCCACCGAGCCAGACGUCCCCUCUGGCCCCAGUGUGGCCGGAGUCCUCGUCCCACUCGUUUAUAUCGUCGUGUGCAUUGUCGGACUGGGCGGGAACACUUUAGUGAUCUACAUCGUGCUGUACUACUCCAAGAUAGAGUCGGUCACCAACAUCUACAUCCUCAACUUAGCCAUCGCCGACGAGCUCUUCAUGCUCGGCCUGCCGUUCUUGGCCGUGCAGAACACGCUGCAGUCGUGGCCCUUCGGCACCUUCAUGUGCCGCCUGGUCAUGACCGUCGACUCCAUCAACCAGUUCACCAGCAUCUUCUGCCUGACCGUGAUGAGCAUUGACCGCUACCUCGCCGUCGUUCACCCCAUCCUGUCCUCAAAGUGGCGGCGACCUCAAGUGGCCAAAAUGGUGAAUGGCACCGUGUGGGCGGUGUCGUUUCUGGUUGUUCUGCCCGUGGUCGUCUUUGCCAACGUCCAGAAGACAGGAGGCACCUGUAACAUCGCCUGGCCUCAGCCGGCGAACAUCUGGAGCGCGGCCUUCAUCAUCUACACCUCCACCGUUGGAUUCUUCUGCCCCCUCCUCAUCAUCUGCCUCUGUUACCUGCUCAUCAUUUUCAAGAUCCGCAGCUCGGGUAAAAAAGUCCACGCCACUUCCAUCAAGCGCAGGAAGUCAGAGCGCAAAGUGACGCGCAUGGUUGUGAUUGUCGUUGCCAUGUUUGUCGUGUGCUGGUUACCUUUCUACGCCGUCAACAUCAUCAACCUGCUGGUGUCCCUGCCCGCCGAGUACCACGGCCUUUACUAUUUUGUUGUGGUGCUCGGUUACGCCAACAGCUGCGCCAACCCCAUCAUCUACGGAUUCUUGUCAGACAACUUCAAGAGGGGUUUCCGGAAAGCUCUGUGCCGCUCCAACAGGAAGGUGGAGAACCACGAGCCCAUGGAGUGCCAGCAGCCGCAGGACGAAGGCAGGCGUGCGCUCAUGCCCCGAGAGAGCCUGAGACGGGCCAUCAGGGACGAAGAGGACGAGGAGGAGGAAGACGUGUCGGAAAUGACUGAGAUCUACAGAAUCGCAGAGAACGGAAACAACAACUUCCAGCCACAGAGCUCACGGCCGAUGUUCCUGGAGAGAGAAUCGACCCCAGGAGCGACCGAGCUGCUGUCCCCAGACAAGAAGGACAAAUACAGGGACGCAAAAGCAAAGGACCCGGUCAACGGUGCCUCUCUGACUGUCCCGUUGCUUCCGAAUGGAGCCAAAAAUGGAAACAUCAAAACUCUGCCAGAGGAAAACAUGGGGCAGAGCACGUCACUGGAGAUUAGUUAUUUAUAGUGUAAAAUACGGACUCAACGUCUUACAACACAGGCUGGACUGACGCCAACUCACCACACAGCUGUUUGCAUUGGAGCAAAAAAUAAACAAGUAUAUAAAUAAUUUAAAAGGACAGUUUGUGUGGUUGACUGAGGAACUGAUCAAGACACAGAGAAUCCACAGGGAAACAAGGAAUAGAUUUUAGAUGAUAAAAUCUACACCUGACUAAAUCUGCAAUAUCAUGAGAGCACGUGUGACUCUUUAUCUCACUGUUACACAACCUCUUCCAACAGGUAACUGAAGUCUGCUUUGCUUUGUAAAACCACUCACUCUCCCACACCAAAGUCCAUAGAGAAAAUCAGUGAUUCUAACGUCACAGCAAACAGGAGUUGUUGAUCCACUGCUGCCUCCAUCACUGACUUCAAAUGUCAUAUUUUGUCACUUCAGUGUUUGAAAUCUUUAUUCAGAAUGACCUCAGUGACACAAAGUGACCACACGAGGCAGCAGUAGACCAGCAGCCCCUGUGUCCCUGCAGCUAAAAUCACAGAUUUUCUCUAUGGACUUUGGUGUGGGAGAGUGAGUGGUUUACCAACUCCAGUUUCCUGUUGGAAAAGUCUGUCUCACAGUGAGAUAAAGACGUCAACGUUAGGCUGACAUAGAUUUUAUUCGGAGAUUUUCUGUAAAGUGGAGUGUGAGCAACAAAAAACACUAUCCUUUUAAAAAUAAUAAUAACUACACUUUACAGGACAGAUUUGGUAAAUGUUUUACCAACACAUUGAAUGUAUCACAGUUUAUGUACUUAAUGUAUAAAGUGUAUAAAUGCAUGACUGAAUAUACAAAUGCGUGCCUUUAUUUACUUUAUUUCUUAUUGUUGUCGUCCAUAAAAAAGCAUUUCUAUUCCUUUUUUUGAACCUUUAAAAGUACAAAUAAAACAUUCACAGUGUUUUCACUGACAAACUCUGAAUAAUAACAAAAUAAAAACAACAUAAAAUAUGUCUUUCUUUUUGCUGUGUUUGCUGUGUACCAACUUAAAAAAUGAGGUUCAUCUUUUAUUUAACAAAUACAAAUCCUCUGCCUACAAAACUCUCUUUGUACAGCUGUAAUUAUUCAUUUUAGAUUUUAAGGAGACAGUUUUGUUUGACGUCAGGCUAAUCCUAAUCCUGGUGAAACAUAAAUAAACACCGUGUCUCGCA